AUGAAUACUAAUGUCAAAUAUGGCGGCGGAGGGAGGUGGGAAGGAGACGAACGAAAUUAAAACUCAAUUCACCACACGGGAGGGCGUCUAUAAACUCUUGCCGAACUCCGAGUACAGCCGGCCCAACCGCGUGCCGUUCAAUUCGCAGGGCUCGAACCCGGUGAAAGUCUCUUUCGUGAACGUGAACGACCAGUCCGGUAACGGCGAGCGAAUCUGCUUCAAUGUGGGCCGUGAGCUUUACUUUUACAUUUAUAAAGGCGUCCGAAAGGCUGCUGACUUGAGCAAACCCAUAGACAAGAGGAUUUAUAAGGGAACACUUCCCACAUGUCACGAUUCGAACCCUCUCACGGCCACGGCUGACAGCGUCUCUCUGUUAGUGGGCUUCUCUGCAGGACAGGUUCAGCUCAUUGACCCCAUCAAAAAGGAAACAAGCAAACUUUUCAAUGAAGACAGACUCGUCGACAAAUCGCCAGUGACGUGUUUGAAGUGGGUUCCCGGUUCAGAGAAUCUGUUUUUGGUGUCACACAGUAGCGGAUCGUUGUACCUGUACAACGUGGAGCACACGUGCGGCACAACUCCGCCUCAUUACCAGCUCCUGAAGCAAGGAGAAAACUACGCCGUGCACACCGGCAAGAGCAAAACGGCUCGCAAUCCUCUUCUCCGCUGGACGGUUGGCGAGGGUGCAGUCAACGAGUUCGCCUUUUCCCCCGACGGAAAGUUUCUGGCAUGCGCCUGCCAGGACGGUUUCCUACGGGUGUUUUGUUUCGAUACGGCAGAGCUCCACGGCACCAUGAAGAGCUACUUCGGUGGACUGCUUUGCGUGUGCUGGAGUCCAGACGGGCGUUACAUCGUGACUGGCGGAGAAGACGACCUGGUGACAGUGUGGUCAUUUUCAGACUGCAGGGUCAUCGCGCGCGGCCGCGGGCACAAAUCGUGGGUGAGCGUCGUUGCGUUCGAUCACUGCAUUACCAGCGUGCAGGAUUGCGAAGCGCCCACCGAAUUCAGCGGGAGCGACGAAGACUUCCAAGAGCAAGUUCAGUCCAACGGAAGUCGAGAGCGGACGAACAGCUCCCUGUCCAGGCUGUCCAAGAGAAACUCGACGGAGGGACGACCGGUCAACGUCACGUAUCGGUUCGGCUCGGUGGGUCAGGACACCCAGCUGUGCUUAUGGGACCUUACCGAAGAUAUUCUGUUUCCUUUAUCUAGAACGAGAACUCUCACAAACGCCAUGAACGCGUCAGGCCCCGGAGCAGAUACGGUGACUCUCGGUACUAACGGUAACAACAGCGUAAGCAGUAGCGGCAGCAGUGCCCCCUCAAACUCCUUAUCGCCCCCUCUGCCCCGUUCGAACAGUUUGCCCCAUUCCUCGCCAACAGGAGGCAGUAGUCCCAAUAGCCACAAGCCCACCAGCAUCAUGGACAGUGCUUUGAUAGCCACUGGUGUCAGCAAAUUCGCAACAUUGGCACUCCACGAAGUGCGCAAGGAACGCAAUGCCGACAAAGACCACAAGCGCAAUCACAGCAUGAGCUACAUCAGCAACAAGAGCACCGACAAGCUCAGCCAGCUGAUCGGCACGCGCGCAGCCAAAGCAGACGCCGCCAGGACGCUGGGCACGGUGCUGUGUCCGCGCAUAGAGGAGAUACCUUUACUGGAACCACUGGUGUGUAAGAAAAUUGCUCACGAGCGUCUUACUGUGUUGAUCUUCUUGGAUGACUGUCUGGUCACAGCCUGCCAGGAGGGUUUCAUCUGCACUUGGGCACGGCCUGGCAAAGUGGGCCUUUUGACGUCUCAAAACCCAACAAACUCUCCCAGCGGGACGGUGGUGUAGUUACUGUGAUCGUGCUGCUAACUGGACUCCGAGGCGGAUGUGAGCCGAGCAGGACCUUACGCAGAUCUACAGACGCAUCACAACGGCUGUGGCACGUGAAUGUUGUCAUGUAUGCUUAGAAGGACUCAUCGGGGGUCAAAGGUGACAUCAGGAAACCUGUCAACCAUAAAGUCCGAAGACUGAAGAAAUUAAAGUUUGCAUAAGAAAUGAUUUUUGAUUUCCUGUAAGAUUUGCCCAUAACGAUUGUGGACUUGAACCGAUAUUCAGUUUUUUCAAUGAUUCUUCCCUUGCUGUGUUUUACUGCUGUUGUUUGGUUCAUUCCCCCACCUUAUGAUUAUUACACACAACCUUCAUGUUUCCUCAUUUGAUGACUGAUCUCAGAACAGAUGAUGCGUCACGGCUCUGGUUUUGCACUGAUUAUGUUGCGUCCGUCUUUCUCUCUCAUCAUUGCAACAAAAACACAUUGUAAGAUACUGAUGUGUUUCGGUAAUGCUUAUCGCCACCUCCAUCAGCCCUGCGUGGAUGUUGCAAUUGUGCUUUUGUUAAAGAGUGAAAAGGAGAAUAUUUUUUGCACUAAAUAAUUAGAAGAAAAUGGCUUUAUCAUUUGAGUUUUAAAAGACUUCCUGGAAAUGCUAUAAAAGUGUAAGAACUAAAUAUCUUUCUGAACAUUUAUUUUAAUAUUGUUUCCGAAGAAACGGGUUAUUGUAUAAUGUGUAAAUAUUGUAAAUUAAGGAUUUAUGAUGGUUGAAAUAAUGAUUAUACAAGAUAGACACACUUGUAUUUCUAAUACAGAGGAAUUUAUAUAUAUAUAUAUAUAUAUAU